AUGUCUGACCUCAAUGAAAAAUAUCCCGGCUACGAAGAACUUACGUCUUAUUUGACGCGACAUAAUAAGUCUUUCUGGGGUUUUCUACUUCGCUGUCGGGAUGCAAUCGUUACCUCUGCUACAGCUAUUUCUCGCAGACAGGAUCUCGAAGGCACCUGGGUCGGUAAUUUCUUACUAGAAGCAAGAAAACUCGGUGAAGAUUUAGAAGAAAUGCGUGCUUCGGGACGCCUAGGAGAACUACCGGGUAUGACAAGUUGGUAA